AUGGCAACAAAAAUAGCGGCAGAGGGGGUCAUGCCCAAGGCUCCCUACGUCCCCCAGGACGUCGAAAAGGUCACCAGCAUGGUGCGCGCGCUGGACGGCGCGAAGAAGCUCAGCAAAUCCAAAGGCGGGGGUUUCUCCUGCAAGAAAACGUCGUUCGACGUAAAGACUUCUCAGGACGGCGUCGUUGUCGACUCGUGGAAGAUGCAGGAGUGGGAUUACAAGAAGCCGGACCUGCCCACGUACGCCCGGGGCCUCUUCACAACAAAGAACCGCCUCAACGAGCCCGAAAUCGUCGUGCGCGGCUACGACAAGUUCUUCAACGUUGGCGAGGUGCACGAGACCAAGUGGGAGAACAUCCUUGCCCGCACAAAGGGGCCUUACGAGCUCACCCUCAAGGAGAACGGCUGCAUCAUCUUCAUCUCCGGCCUCGAGGACGGGUCCCUAUUGGUCUGCAGCAAGCACUCCACGGGAGAGAGGGGCGACUCGGAGAUCAGCCAUGCCAUAGCUGGAGAGCGCAUGAUCGAGAAGCAGCUGGCUGCCCUGGGCAAGACGAAGGAGGACCUGGCGAGGGAGCUGCGGGAUCGCAACGCCACGGCGGUGGCCGAGCUGUGUGACGACUCCUUUGAGGAGCACAUCCUCGAGUACGGCCCAGACAAGGCAGGUCUGUACAUCCAUGGCAUCAACCUGAACCUCCCCGAGUUUGUCACCUACCCUAGCGCCCUGGUCCAGAGUUUCGGCGACGCCUGGGGCUUCAAGCAGGUGGGCCUGAUCAUCAUGGACGACGUCAACGAGGUCAAGUCCUUCCUCGAGGGGGUGGCCGAGACGGGCGCCUACGGCGACCGCGACGUUGAGGGCUUCGUCGUCCGCUGCAAGGAGAGCCACGCCCCCGAGUCGGAGCCUUACCGAGACUGGUUCUUCAAGUACAAGUUCGAGGAGCCCUACCUCAUGUACCGCCAGUGGAGAGAGUGCACAAAAGCCAUGAUCACGGGGAAGCCGCCGCGCUACAAGAAGCACGUCAAGAUCACCGAGGAGUACCUCCUGUACGCCCGCCGGCGUCUGCAGGCCGACAAGGAACUCGCCAAGCUCUACCAGCACAACCACGGCAUCAUCGCUCUGCGCAACGACUUCCUCGCCUUCAAGAACAUCAAGGGCUCCGACGCCGCCAACCUCGAGCUCGCCGAGCCGGCCAACGUCGACAACGACGUCUCCCGGGACGUCAUUCUCGUGCCCAUCGCAACCAUUGGCUGCGGCAAGACCACCAUCGCCGUCGCCCUGCAGCACCUCUUUAACUGGGGCCACAUCCAGAACGACAACAUCUCGGGCAAGGGCCGGCCGCCGCGCUUCACCAAGGCUGUCCUCGACCUGCUCAAGGAGCACCCCGUCGUCAUCGCCGACCGCAACAACGCCCAGAAGCACGAGCGUAAACAGAUCCUCAACGACGUCAAGGCGCAGCACCAGACGGCCCGCCUCGUCGCGCUCUACUUCGCCCUUGACGAAAGCAACAUCAAAGAGGUCCGCCGCAUCACCCAGGAGCGCGUCCUUGCCCGCGGCGACAACCACCAGACGAUCCACGCCGCCACGGACGCCAAAAAGUUCCUCGACGUCAUGGAGGGCUUCAUCAGCCGCUUCGAGUCAAUCGCCGCCUUCUCGCCGCCCGACAACGGCUUCGACAACGUCAUCCAGCUCGACCCCACCGCCAACAGCCGCGAGAACCUCGAAAAGGUCAUCGUGGACCUCCAUAAAAUGUACCCGAGCCUCGUCCCCGAAGUGCCGCCCGCCGAGCGCCUCGACGAGGCCAUGCAGUCGGCCUUUGUGGAGUACAAGCCCGAGUUCAAGCACAACAUCCCUGACCGCGGCCCCCGCAAGGACAAACCGGCCCAGGGGCCCCGGCAGCAGGGUGGCAAGCAGAAGAAGAAGAAGCCUCUCGAGUACAUGUCGGUCGACGUCCCCGCCAACGAGGUCCGCGGCGUGCUCGACGGCGCCUUUAACAAGGCCGGCCUGCCCACCUCGCGCUUUUACAAACAGCUCCUCCAGACCCGCCGUGUGCAGCCAAAGUUCCACGUCACCCUGAUGCACCGCGCCAGCUCCAAGGACGACCCGGGCCUGUGGUCCAAAUACCUGUCCAUUCACGCCAACGCCGAGAAGCAGGCUGGUGGGAGCCAGGAGCCAGCCAGCGCCCUGCUCCUGGGCGAAUGCUCCGUCGAGCUGGAGAGAGUGGUAUUCGACGAUCGCAUCAUGUCCAUCGUCGUGCGCCUCGUCGACCCCUCGGAGCAGUGGAAGUGCACCAACAACGUCGCGCACAUAACUGUCGGCACGCGCGACGACUCGGUCAAGCCCAAGGAGAGCAACGACCUCCUCGCCCGCUGGCUUGACAAGGGUACCGGCGCCGAAACGGGCAUCUACGAGGUCGUCUUCGACACCAAGCCCGUCCUGCAGGGAACCGUCCAGGGUGUGCUCUCGCGGUAG